CAUGAAAAUAGUAAACAAUGUUAUCCAAAGCAAAGAUUUCAACAAUGGUUAAUGAAAAGAAAACUCUGGAAAUAAUAUUCGAAAGAUUUUCAUGUUUGUUCAUAACGUUCGCAACACCUAUAUUUUUCAUAUACCAGAUGACUGUCAUACGCCCAAAGCUCUUAGAAAUAUUCAACGUUGGAUUCACCAGGCAUUGCUUCCAUGUCCUUCUAUCUACGUACUGUUUCAUAAACGUGCUGGGCAAUUUGCUUCUCAGUAUAUUCACUGACUCAAGAUUAAAGGCCUGCAAUGGUGAAGGCAGAUACUGCGAGCAAUGUAAAAAGAUUCGGCCGGCGGAUAGCUGGCACUGUGCGACGUGCAAUGCUUGUAUAUUAGGGAGAGACCACCAUUGUUUUUUCCUAUCAUGCUGCAUUGGACGUUACAAUUUGCGAUAUUUCAUCUGCUUCUUAUCUCAUAUUGUAACUUCCAUUGCGUAUUCAACGUACUACGACUAUUUCGUUCUUGUAUCAGAAUUUGAGUUUGCCAGUUUUUUAGAAGUAACACUAAGUGCAGUUCGGAUUCUUUUGCCAAUUUAUCCUUUGAUAAAUCCUUUGGAGAUGAUGAAAAAUCUGUAUGCAUUAUUCUGGUAUUCCAAUGUAUUUAUAUUAGCAUUUUGUUUUGGUUUAUUGUGUUAUCAUAUGAGUAAUGCUUUAAAAGGUAUAAUUUCCUUUGAAAAUAAAAUAGGAAAGGUUCCUUUAAAUUCCCAUUGGAAGGCCAAUAUGAUAUAUGUAUUUGGUACUAGAUGGUAUUUAGCUCUACUCUGGCCCUUCGUAUGUAGUCCUUUACCAGAUAAGCGUAGAAUGUGAUUAUGAUUAGAAACCACAGGUUGAUAAACAGUAGAUUAAAUGAAUUAAACUAUUUAUAAUGGUGUUUUAAUUGACAUUUAUGAUAGCUUAUCGUUAUGUUUCUGUAGAUUAGGAUUGUCUGGCCGUUGUCUCAGCUUUAAUGACAAAUACAGUUAGAGGAUUUGAUAAAACUAUA